AUGUCACUACAGAUGACAGGAGAGCUUCGUCUAAGGAACAGGCAAGGGAGAUGGAGAAGCUCGCGAAGAUUCCGUGGAACGCUCAUUAGCAUCGAUGUAAUACUAUUUUCAAGACUUGACGCUAGGUUUUUCUCUUCGACUCCUUGUCUUGCAUCCGGUUGGCCUCUGUUUUUUGCUAUCCCUGUAUUUCGAAAGAAAGCAAUCCAAGGUGUUGAGUGGGCCCUCUGGCUUACUGCCGUCGCGGUAAUGCCCAUCGAUAAGUUUACGGAGUCAAUUUUCGAAGAGGAAUGUGCCGAGAUGAACGGGUUGGACUUUAGACGGAUACCUAGUGUGUGCUUCUAUGCCUGCACAUAUCAUAUCGGGAAGCCCAGAACUUGA